AUAAUUCUAUUAGUAAUAGCGUGACUGAGGCAAUCAGUAGAGCUGUCAGAAAUGCUUUCAAACUUACAUUCAUUGGGUUCUUGGGCACCUGAAACUGCAAGCGACUGCAUUACAAUUAAGUGAGAAUUAGCAGAAUGUUAAAGUUCUUUUUAACAAUUUGCAUAACAAACCGAGGCGUCCCACGCCAUCUCUCUGAAAUGAAAUUCGGAUGUAGACACCCUUGCGCUUCAGGACUCUGCGCUCUUGCAGCAGCGCCUCUGCCCAACGGGGGGCGGCAGCAUCUCAGUACUCACUGUAAAGACUUGUAGGUGGGAGGAGAGAUUCGCGUUCAAAAAGCUUUUUGCCUCUAUCCGCUCACCGUAGCGCUUAGCCCGCUCGAGUUUCAAUGCGCGUUGUUGCUUAACGAAGCUGAGUCCUACACACUGUCCGCUGCUCUCCUUGAUCAUGGCUUCUCCGAGUUCUUUCACCUACUAUUGCCCUCCAUCUUCCUCCCCCGUCUGGUCAGAGCCGCUGUACAGUCUGAGGCCCGAGCACGCGCGAGAGCGGUUGCAGGACGACUCGGUGGAAACAGUCACGUCCAUAGAACAGGCAAAAGUAGAAGAAAAGAUCCAAGAGGUCUUCAGUUCUUACAAGUUCAACCACCUUGUACCAAGGCUUAUUUUGCAGAGGGAGAAGCACUUCCAUUAUCUGAAAAGAGGCCUUCGACAACUGACAGACGCCUAUGAGUGUCUGGAUGCCAGCCGCCCAUGGCUCUGCUAUUGGAUCCUGCACAGCUUGGAACUGCUAGAUGAACCCAUCCCCCAGAUAGUGGCUACAGAUGUGUGUCAGUUCCUGGAGCUGUGUCAGAGCCCAGAAGGUGGCUUUGGAGGAGGCCCCGGUCAGUAUCCACACCUUGCACCCACAUAUGCAGCAGUCAAUGCAUUGUGCAUCAUUGGCACUGAGGAGGCCUAUGACGUCAUUAACAGAGAGAAGCUUCUUCAGUAUUUGUACUCCCUGAAGCAACCUGACGGCUCCUUUCUCAUGCAUGUCGGAGGUGAGGUGGAUGUGAGAAGUGCAUACUGUGCCGCCUCCGUAGCCUCGCUGACCAACAUCAUCACUCCAGACCUCUUUGAGGGCACUGCUGAGUGGAUAGCAAGGUGUCAGAACUGGGAAGGUGGCAUUGGCGGGGUACCAGGGAUGGAAGCCCACGGCGGCUAUACCUUCUGUGGCUUGGCCGCGCUGGUAAUCCUCAAGAGGGAACGUUCCUUGAACUUGAAGAGCUUGUUACAAUGGGUGACAAGCCGGCAGAUGCGAUUUGAAGGAGGAUUUCAGGGCCGCUGCAACAAGCUGGUGGAUGGCUGCUACUCCUUCUGGCAGGCAGGGCUCCUGCCCCUGCUCCACCGUGCACUGCACGCCCAAGGUGACCCUGCCCUUAGCAUGAGCCACUGGAUGUUCCAUCAGCAGGCCCUGCAGGAGUACAUCCUGAUGUGCUGCCAGUGCCCUGCAGGGGGACUUCUGGAUAAACCUGGCAAGUCACGUGAUUUCUACCACACCUGCUACUGCCUGAGCGGCCUGUCCAUAGCCCAGCACUUCGGCAGUGGAGCCAUGUUGCAUGAUGUGGUCCUGGGUGUGCCCGAAAACGCUCUGCAGCCCACUCACCCAGUGUACAACAUUGGACCAGACAAGGUGAUCCAGGCCACUACAUACUUUCUGCAGAAGCCAGUCCCAGGUUUUGAGGAGCUUAAGGAUGAGACAUCGGCAGAGCCUGCAACUGACUAGAGGACCUGGGUCCCUGCAGCUCUGUGCUCACCCAUCUCCCCAGACAAGGUUUAUACGUUUCGAUACAUACUGCAUUCUGUGCUACACAAGCCUUAGCCUCAGUGGAGCUGUGGUUCUCUUUGUCCUUUCUUGUCAAACAAAACCAGUGGCUCUGGGUUUGGAGAAUACAGUGGCUGGUUUUAAAAAUUCUUUCCACACCUGUCAAACCAAAAAUCUAUCAGCCCACCUGGUGUGGUUGGUGAACAGUGCACGCCAGGAGGAAGCAGCCCCUCCUCACCAGCUCUCCAGCCAGGACGAUCACAUAGAAAUGAAUGGCAUCUGAGUAUUACGGCAUCCAGAGCCACUGCUGACUCCCACUUGCACGCCACCAUUCAGUCACCAGACUGGGUGCCCUCCCAUGGGUGGAAUAAGUCUGCUCCAUGCCAAGCCUGGGCUUUUGAGUCCCACCAAGAUGAGUUCUCUGGGAGACUGUGGUGGGGUUGCACCAGGAGGUGCCUCUGCCUCUCGACUCACACCCUGGUCAUUUGCAAGGGAAAGGAGCUGGAGGUGGGGGGAGAAAGAUCUCCUUCAGUUGGGAGCCCCUCCGCUUCAACACUGGAGAACUGAGCCUUGCAUCUCUCCAGGGUCCAAGGCCACGCUUGGUGCACAGGCAAGACUUGCUUCAGCCCCAGGUGUGGUGACUUAGAUCUGGGAAACCAAUUAUGAGUGGAAAAUGAACCUCUAGUUCAAUUGUGCCAGAGGAAGCAGCCCUCCAGUGCCCACCCGCCUCACUCCUCCCCAUCAUGUACCAUGAAACCCCCUCUGAUGGCCUCAAGGCAGUGCCUGCAGGCCGAGGUCCUUCUGGGGGUUUCUAUCUUUCUUCCACCAGACUCCAAGCCCACUCUCCUCCAAGACUGUGUUGUCUUUUCUCACCCAGAGUAUUAACACUACUAAGUCUUUCACCUUAAUUUAUGACUCAGGAUUUAUUCACGUCCUGCCCACUCUAGGCUCACAGGAAUAAAAUCAAGUGCUAGACACGCUGGCUGCCACUAAGGCACUAGUUCCGGAGCUGGUGGUGGCAGCAGGGGGUGCCGCCCAGCGUGCUGGGUCCUGGCAGUGCCUCUGCUGUGCUGCACAUUGAGCCCUUUCUCAGUCAGUGGAGUGUCGAGUUGGGCCAUCUGUCCACUGACCUGGCCUUCAUGUAAGCAGCUGUGGGCAGCGGGCAAACAGGAGCUCAGAGAUGCAGCAUGAGGCUCUUAGAAAAACCUGGCCAUUUGCUGCCUCUAAUUCCUUUUGCUUUGACAUAUUGGGCUAUGUAUUACCUCCUUGAAAUAAUAAAAGAAUAACAUUUUCUA